AUGGGCUCGUCAUCAGAAACAGCCUCGAACCUGGCACUCCCGGACGCGUCGUCGCCGGAGCUCGUGCUGGCACACCCGACGGCGGCCGAGCGGCGGCACAACUGGACGCUGUCGCACGCCAUGUGGGGGGGCCUGCUGACGCGGGAGCAGUACCUGGAGCGCGAGGCGCACCUGUCGUCGGCGCCGGCGCUGUCGCGGGACGGCGGGCUGACGACGUGGAUCCUGACGCUGGCCGGCGCGCCGCCCGACGCUCGCCCCAUCUUGUCGUCGUGCGAGACGCUGCGCAAGCGCGCCCUUGUCGCCGACGGGACUGCUUCUCGAGGAGGGGGCCAGGUUGUUGUGGUCGAGGACGGCGUCGCCCACGGCCUCGGCUCCGUCUUCACCGACUCGCGCUUCCGCGGCCGCGGCUACGCCGGCCGCAUGAUGCAGGAGGUGGGCAAGGCGCUGCGGUCGUGGCAGGUCGACGGCAAGGACGACGACGACGGCAAGGUCGCGGCGCGGGACGACGGCCGCCACGUCCUCUUCUCGGUGUUGUACAGCGACAUUGGCAAGUCGUUCUAUGCGCGCCGCGGCUGGGCGCCGUUUGAGAGCAGCCAUGCGACGUUUCCGCCCUCUGCUGCUGCGGCUGCAGAGACCAACAGCACGGUAUUGCGGCCCAUCACGGAUGCUGACGAGAUCAUGGAGCUGUGUAUCAUCGACGAGCGGUUGCUGCGAGCGAAGUUGGCGCGCCGCGCAGGGGCCGGCGGCAGGAAGUGCGUGGCGCUGGCGCCCGAUGCCGAGACGAUGAUGUGGCACUUGGCGCGCGAGAAGUUCAUCAUGGGCCGCGUGUUCAGCGGGCAGACGCUGCCGACGGUGCGCGGGGCCGUGUACGGCAGCCCGGGGCGGCGCAUCUGGGCGCUGUGGACGCGGUGGUACUACAAGGAGGGCAACCUGCUCAACGUCCUGCGGCUGGUCGUCGAGGACGAGCGCGACGAGGCCGACAGCAGCAGCAGCAGCAGCAGCAGCAGCUCGUACCUGGCCGAGGGCGUCGGGGCCAUUUUGAGGCUGGCCCAGGCUGAGGCGGCCGCGUGGCGCUGCGAGGACGUGCAGCUGUGGAAUCCCGACGCGAAGCUUAGGGGCUUGAUCGAGCGCUCGGGAGUCGAGCACAAGUUUAUCGACCGCGACAGCGCAAGCAUUGCUAGCCUCAUGUGGUACGGUGACGGGGACACUCGGGAUAUUGACUGGGUUGCCAAUGAGAAGUUUGGCUGGUGCUGA